CGAGUGCGGGUGAUUGGGUGAGGAGUGAAGAGGCUGAUUUUAGAGGUUUUGAGAGAGUGGCAGUCUGCAGAGAAUAGGAAUCCGACCAUAUCCUCCAAAACCCGCGCUGGACUCAGUCACCGCCAAUCAUCAAUCAGCUACCCAUCAACACCAGAAAUCCCCGUCCUUUUGAUUUCCACCACAUAAAAAUAGCACACUGCUCCUCCUUCACUCCAUUCCUAUCUUAAUAAUAAUAAUAAUAAUAAUAAUAAAGCUCAACUCUUCUCUUCUAAGUCAAGACAUGAUCCUUUCGACUCCUGCUCCUUCGUCGGCAUUCUUCACAACUACUAAACCGUCUUCACCUUUUCCUAGGGUUUCUAAACUCUGCUUCUUAACCCCCUCUUAUUCUCUUUCCCUUCGUUUUAGAUCCACUGCUCGACGCUCCACUUCUUUUCCUUGUGUCCUCUCUUCUCUCAACCUUCACGCAAUGGCUGAACUCGUUCAGGAUAAAGAAGUCUUCGCUUCAGCUGAAGUUGAUUACAGCAAGAAGAAAAACAGGACUCGUUCUCGCUCGUUUCUUGAUGCAACAACUGAACAAGAGUUACUGUCGGGAAUCAGGAAGGAAUCAGAAGCAGGAAAACUUCCUUCAAAUGUUGCUGCAGGAAUGAAAGAUCUGUAUCAGAACUACAAAACCGCAGUUUUGCAAAGUGGAAUCCCCAACGCACAUGAGAUUGUAUUGGAAAAUAUGGCUGCUGCAUUGGAUCUUAUAUUCUUGGAUGUUGAGGACCCGUUUAUCUUCUCACCUUAUCACAAAGCUUUGAGAAAGCCAUAUGACUACUAUGAAUUUGGUCAAAAGUAUAUCCGUCCAUUGAUUGAUUUUAGAAAUUCAUAUGUUGGCAAUGUUUCCAUUUUCAAUGAAAUUCAAGAGAAGCUUCGGCAGGGUCACAAUAUUGUCUUGAUAUCAAACCACCAAACUGAAGCAGAUCCAGCUGUCAUUGCACUGUUGCUUGAAACAUCAAGCCCUCACGUUGCUGAAAACUUGAUCUAUGUUGCUGGGGAUAGAGUUGUCACAGAUCCUCUUUGCAAGCCAUUCAGCAUGGGAAGGAAUCUUAUAUGUGUAUACUCAAAAAAGCACAUGAAUGAUGACCCUGAACAUUCAGAGGAGAAGAGAAAAGCAAAUAUCCGAAGUUUGAAAGAGAUGGCUUUGCUUUUAAGGGGUGGCUCACAAAUAGUCUGGAUUGCACCAAGUGGUGGCAGGGACCGUCCAGAUCCCUUGUCAGGAGAGUGGUAUCCGGCACACUUUGAUGCUUCUUCAGUAGACAACAUGAGAAGGCUUGCUGAACAUUCUGGAGCUCCAGGACAUGUUUAUCCUCUGGCACUAUUAUGCCAUGACAUCAUGCCCCCUCCGCCUCAGGUGGAAAAGGAAAUUGGAGAGAGAAGAGUUAUUUCAUUUCAUGGAGCUGGAUUAUCAGUUGCACCAGAAAUCAGCUUCUCUGAAGUUACAGCCGCAUAUGAAAAUCCUGAAGAGGCUAAGGAGGUAUAUACAGAGGCUCUUUAUAAGUCUGUGACUGAGCAAUACAAUGUGCUUAAAUCUGCUGUACAUGGAAAACAAGGGCUAGGGGCGUCCAUUCCAACUGUUUCUUUGUCGCAGCCAUGGAAUUAGUCAACGUUUUCUAUACUUGAUUAGGCCAAUAGUUUUGUUAUAUAGUUCUGCAACUCCUGGACCACAAUUCUAGCGGUCCUUCUAGUCAAGUAUGUGCCAGGAGAAGCUUCUCUCUCCAUGAUGAUAUGGAUGGCUUUUUCUGUUGAUGCAAUCUAAGCUACAAGUUUUUGCUGUGCUUACAUUCUAUCAAAGCCAAAUCUCACACAAUAUCUUGAAGCCAAAUUCAUCUGAAAUGCGAGCUGUUCCAGAGGUUCAAUUUCAGGCGUGCAGAUAACAGUUCCUAGUAAACACAAGAGCUAGUCGUCUGAGGCGAUAUACAUGUAUAUUUUCUCAAUUUUUUGGUGGCCGAUCAUAUUCUUUUUACACCAAUUCCUCAAUUGCUACUCAUUUUUCUCCCUCGUUCGCCUUCAAUAACUAUCAGUUUUCAUGCUAUAACACUUGCACACAGAAGUAAUAUGAACAGAGUUGGAGCA